AAAACCGGUGGCGCUGAGUAAGGGAGGCGAUCUGCGGACCUGGAGAGAGGCGAUCGGAACCAAUUCAACGUGUAGAAGGUCUCCUUUUGUAAAAGCAGGAGGAAAAAGCCGCAGCAUGCAGAGUGGGUCAGUCAUGAGUCUCAGCCUGCCCACCCAGUGUCUUUGCCUGGCUUUCCUGCUCCUCCAUCUCCUGGGACAGGUCUCUGCCACACAGCGCUGCCCCAACCCAUGCCCAGUCCGGUGCCCCGAGACGCCGCCGACGUGCGCCCCGGGGGUGAGAGCGGUGCUGGACGACUGUUCGUGCUGUCUGGUGUGUGCCCGCCAGCGGGGCGACAGCUGCUCGGAGAUGGAGCCUUGUGAGGAGAGCCGCGGCCUCUUCUGCGACCGCAGAGCGGACCCCAGCGCCCAAACUGGAAUCUGCAUGGCGAUAGAGGGAGAUAACUGUGUGUUCGAUGGGGUCAUUUACCAAAGCGGAGAGACCUUUCAGCCCAGCUGCAAGUACCAGUGCACCUGCCAAGAUGGACAGAUUGGCUGUGUGCCUCGCUGUGACGAGGACCUGCUUCUCCCCCAACCUGACUGCCCGGUUCCAAGAAAAGUUGAAGUGCCCGGGGAGUGCUGUGAAAAGUGGAUCUGUGACGCAAAUGACACAGAAGCAUUAGGGGACCUGCAUGCCCUUCCAGCCUACAGGACAGAAACCACUCUAGGAGUCGCAGUCUCUGACUCAGGUGUCAACUGCAUUGAACAGACCACAGAGUGGAGCGCGUGUUCCAAGAGCUGCGGCAUGGGCUUCUCCACUCAGGUCACCAACAGGAAUCCCCAGUGUGAGAUGGUGAAGCGGAGCCGGCUCUGCAUGGUGCGGCCCUGCGAACAAGAGCCCAGGCAACCGGCAGAUAAGAAAGGAAAGAAGUGUCUCCGCACCACGAAGUCCCUUGAAGCCAUCCACCUGCAGUUCAAGAACUGCACGAGCCUGCAUACCUACAAGCCCAGGUACUGCGGAGUCUGCAGUGAUGGCCGCUGCUGCACCCCUCACAACACCAAAACCAUCCAGGUGGAGUUCCAGUGCACCCCAGGGCACAUCAUCAAGAAGCCCGUGAUGGUCAUCGGGACCUGCACCUGUCACAACAACUGUCCUCACAACAAUGAGGCGUUCCUGCAAGAGUUAAAGCCGAACGCCAGCCGAGGGAAAAUCUAACCUGGGUCCCUGGAGAAGGACGCACACCUAUGAGGCAAACCAUAGCUACUGGGUGAGCCAUCAUCCAAAGUACAUGAGAAAAAUGACAAGAAUCGUGACUUCAGCCCUGAGUCCUAUGUGUUUUCUGUGGUCCUAUGAGGUCAGUUACAGAUGUCUUACUUUUAAAUGAAAGAUAUGAUUAACUGUAAACUUGGAAUCAAGGUAAGCUCAGGAUGGUGCUUAGGGAUGAUUUGCUGUUCUAUAUGUUUACUGCAGAUGAAAAUUUCUAUCAAUUGAGGAAAUCAGAUAUAUAUUUGACUGUAGGGACUGCGUCACAGUACCCUUCCCCGAUUUUGUUAGGUGUCAGUGCAAUUUCGAGAGAAUGUCACUAUAACAAAGGACACAGAGAAGGUGAGGAUCAUAGAGAUCAUGUCAUCAUACAAAUAUUUUGCCACCUAUGGAGGUUUGACUUGAGGGCACUCUGUUGAGCUCUUUUGGAGAAACUCAACCCUGAACUUCCAAGUCCAAGCUCCAAGGAAACAUAGAGCUCUUCAACUUGAAACCCAGAGUCUGUUAGGUUGUUUUUUGUUGUUUAGUUGUAUCCUAGGAAAAGAACUCUAUCCAUGGUAGUACAAUGUCACAGUGAAUUGAGUGGACUAGUGUGGUACACUGGCUUCACUUCAGACAAAUCGACUCCUUUCCGAUAGAAAGCAGCGGAAUGCAAAACCCCGGGUCGUGCAGAGAUGAGUAGGACGGCCCCCCCGCAGGUCUGUACAUGCCGCUGGCUGCGAGCUCGGGAGGGUUUAACUCGGCAGAGGCAGUGCGUGCGGCAGGCAUCCUCCCCGAUCCUGGGUGAGUGAAUGGAGGCCCGAUGCACCCGGUUACAACCUGUGAUGCUUUUUCAAUGUGCUUGUAGUGACAUUUCUCAAACUAAGACAAGACCGACCUAAGUGGGAGGGCAUAAUAACACAAAUUUUAUGGGAGUUCAGAAUGUAUGAUAGACCUGCCCAUAACUUACCCUUGGGCGCUAGUUAUGCAAACUCACAACAAGACGUGUGGAUACACACGCGAAUCUAAUUUGUCAGGCUAUGAAACCGGCUGCAGACUUAAAUGUAUUACACAUUCUCCUAAUGUCACCAUAUGUGUUCAACUUUCCUCCUUUAAAGUAUUUAUAGAAAUAUAAAUUAUGCGUUUUUAAAUAUUCUUUUUACUUUCUCUACUUGUCA